UGCCUUACUCCUUCCUUUAGACUUCUUUCAAAGUAGUUCCUGAAGUUGGCCUGAACGUCAGGGAUAAUACGUUUUUGGAUCUAUGGCAUAUGAACAGUGAAACUUCAGUCCUACCCUGAGCAAGGAUAAGGACCAUACACAUAAGGAAAGAGGCAGCUUAGGAACAAAAGGCCGUGCUUAGCAAACAUUAUCAUCGCUGAAAGAAAUGUCUGGUCCACCAGGUGGUUAAUAUUUGACUCAGUCAUGCUCAGGGGAAAGGUGAAUGACUCCUUGUUUGCCCAUGAUUAGUGGCCUUGGUUUACAAGUCUCUGCCAAAGUAGAGAUCCUUAGAUAGGUUCUCCCCACCCCAUCACACGAGCACUGUAUAUUACCAGCCUGUGAGGAGCCUCUAGCUUGACACUGCAGGACACUGUCUCCAGGAGCACACAGCUAGACUCGCCCCCUGUUGGAGGAAAGCUAGCCAGCUUUGGCACUUUCUAGGUAAUGAUGGAUCUACAGAGGACUCAGUCCUUGCUUCUGCUCUUGGUGCUGACCCUGCUGGGGUUAGAGCUUGUACAGCCCUCCUAUGGCCAGGAUCGAAUGUACCAACGGUUCCUUCGACAGCAUGUGGACCCUCAGGCGACAGGUGGCAAUGACAACUAUUGCAACGUGAUGAUGCAGAGACGGAAGAUGACUUCUGUCCAGUGCAAACGCUUCAACACCUUCAUCCAUGAGGACAUCUGGAACAUUCGUGGCAUCUGCAGUACCACCAAUAUCCCGUGCAAGAACGGCCAGAUGAACUGUCACGAAGGUGUAGUGAAGGUCACGGACUGCAGAGAGACAGGGAACUCCAAGGCCCCCAACUGUAGAUAUAGGGCAAGAACCAGCACUAGGCGAGUUGUCAUUGCCUGUGAGGGUGAACCAGAGGUCCCAGUGCACUUUGACAGAUAAGUGCUGUCCUGCAGCUGUUACAGCUGAUAGUUGACCUCUGAGUCAGUGAGACCAGCAAUGAGUGGUGGCCCCAGGCUUUGUUUCCUUUGCUCGUGCCUUAUACUCACAUAUAUCCAAUAUAACCCAUGGUGUUAAGCGCAUCCCAUCCAAGGGAAGAAAGACGCCUCUGCUCACAGCACUGAUGGCUUGGUUCUCCCAGAUUCUAUCCCCUGGAUCUUAUGCAUUACAUGUAUUCAGAUAGUAUCUCAGCUAUUAUAGAGAGUUUUUUCUGUCCAAGCGGUCUCAUUCCAGUCCUCUUAACACCCCUUGCUACCAAUUCUGCCACUGUAUGUAGAAGCUUGUAGUUAAAGGAUUUGACGACCGCAAAAAACCAAAACCAAAACCAACAACAACAAAAUACCCAGUGGAAGAUCUCGGACAAAAAUCCAACUGAAUGGGCUACUCACAAAAGGUGUUAUCCACUUCAUUAUAUAUACUUUCUGUUAUUCCAAAAUGUCAUCGUUAGGGAAGCCACUAAGAGUUUGGAAAUAGAGGCUGGAGAGAUGCCUCUGUGGUUAAGAGCAUUGGCUGCUCCUCUAGAGGACCGAGGUUCAAUUCCCAGUGCCCACACAUCAGCUCACAACUGUCUGUAACACAGUUCUAGGUGAUUUGACACCCUCACACAGACAUACAUGUAGGCAGAUCACCAAUGCAUAUAAAAUUAAAAUAGAGAUUUUGGAAAUAACAUAUUGCCAAAAUGAGAAUUACUUGGUAUUAUUUUGGUUUGUGGCUUCUAAGAUUUUUUUUAAAUACAUGAAAAAUGUAGUAAAUCACUAAAAUUCAUUUAUCCUUCUCCUUUGAAAGAUUUUCAAUAUUUUAGUAUAAUAAAGAGCUGUAUGUUGAGCCA